UUUAACGACUUUCCGAGCAGGUUUUAGCUACUUUUAAUUGAAACUAGUUGGCAACACUGGCCGUCAGUCUGAAGGUCUGGCUACGCGAGACUAUGUUCACUACUAUGGUAAAAGCGUGGAGGUUUCUAGCUAAGUAUAGAAGAUCUCUGCUUUUACUAACUGGUAAAGUUCGCACUGUGUGUACCAUAGAACGGCAAUGACUCUCUCUACCUUGACUUGCCGUAUACAUUGUGCCCAGUUUCACACCAAAUGAAACCGAAACUUAAGCGUUCAUAACGCGACCGCUGGCUUCUCGGCUCAUCUCACAGCAGUGCCAUCGACGAAAAGAAACACAGUUCACAAAUGUCUUCACAUGAUUCUUCAAAGGGAGGAAAUAUGAGUAGUGGUCUGAACCAACAGUAUGAAGAAAAGGUUCGUCCCUGCAUUGACCUAGUGGACUCUCUCAGGUCACUAGGUGUUGAAAAAGACCUGAACCUUCCAGCUAUUGCUGUCAUUGGUGACCAAAGCUCAGGAAAGAGUUCUGUAUUGGAGGCCCUGUCUGGAGUAGCACUGCCCAGGGGAACAGGGAUUGUGACACGUUGUCCUCUGGUACUGAAACUGAAGAAAAUUACAAAGGAUGUCACCUGGCAUGGAUUGUUGUCAUUCAAGGACCAAAAAAAGACACUACACAAUCCAGCAGAUAUAGAGAAUGCUGUCUUAAAUGCUCAGAAUGCAUUGGCUGGAGAGGGACAAGGAAUCAGUCAUAAGAUGAUUACUCUGGAGAUCCAGUCCAGUGACGUUCCUGACCUUACUCUCAUUGACCUGCCAGGUAUUGCUAGGGUUGCAACUGGCAACCAGCCAAAGGACAUUGAGAAACAGAUAAAAGAUCUAAUUGAAAUGUUCAUUAAAAGACAAGAGACCAUUAGCUUGGUCGUUGUGCCUGCAAACAUCGACAUUGCCACCACCGAGGCACUACAAAUGGCUUUCAAAGUGGACUCAACUGGGCACAGAACACUGGGUAUUCUGACUAAACCGGAUUUGGUAGAUAAAGGCAUGGAGGAGACUGUUGUCAGAACAGUGAACAACCAAGUGAUACCACUGAAGAAAGGCUACAUGAUUGUUAAGUGUCGGGGUCAGCAAGACAUCAAUGAGAAGCUUAGUCUGGUCAAAGCUCUGGAAAAAGAAAGACAGUUUUUUGGUGAACAUGCUCACUUCAGGUCUCUUCUUGAGGAUGAAAAAGCUACAAUACCUUUUCUUGCAGAAAGGCUCACAAAGGAGUUGGUUGAACACAUUACUAAAUCCCUGCCACAGUUGCAGAAACAACUUGAGAUGAAAUUAGAAAAGACCUCUGAGGAUCUUAAAAUGCUGGGAGAUGGAGUUCCUCUUAGUGAACAAGAGAAGAACUAUUUUUUGAUCAUGAAAAUUCGCAAGUUCAAUGAUGCCCUUGAAGGAGUAAAGAAUGCAGAGGACGAUAUAUCAAACUCAGACAUGAGGGUCUUCACCAAAAUCAGGGAUGAAUUUGGUAGAUGGAAAUGCACCCUAGAUGACAAAAUAGUUAAGACGGAGGAAACCCUUAAAGAUGAGGUUGAAGAAUACAUCAGGACUCGUAGAGGAAAGGAGCUUCCUGGAUUUGUCAACUACAGAACAUUUGAGAACUUUGUCAAGAAACACAUUAUGGAGCUAGAGGAACCUGCUUUAGAGCUUCUCAAACAUAUCACGGAUAUUGUUCACUCUUGUGUGAACAGUAUUGUUAGCUCUCAUUUCAAGGCUUUCUCUCACCUGUUGAGGGUUGCUAAAAAUCCAAUUGAAGAUUUUGUUGAAGAAGAGUUUCGGAAAGCUCAGGAGAAAGUGCAAUCUCAGUUUAAGAUGGAGCAAAUUGUCUACUCUCAAGAUCAUCUGUACAGUCACCAGCUACAGGCUGUAAAACAGAUACCAAUCUCAGGUUUUCAAUUUGCGAAAAAGACUGUCACUGCUGAUGUACUCGAGAUGGCACAUCACCUCCGCGCCUAUUUCAAGAUUACCUCUGACCGCCUGGCUAAUCAAGUCCCUCUGAUAGUCCAGUACCACAUGCUGGACCAGUAUAUCUCUCAGCUUCAGAAUGCAAUGCUUACUUUGAUUGGAGGGAACAAUGCAGAAAAGCUGCUCAGAGAAGAUUCUGAAGUUGCCCGUAAAAGGAAAGAUCUGACAGAGCGUAUGGAUCGCCUGAAAAAAGCAAGCAAAGUUCUGUCUAAGUAUGUACAUUCUGCAUAAAAGUUUAGUCUAUGUUGUUGACCAGUGUGUUUUUGCUAUACCAUUCACAGAAGCAUCAGAUUAUUGUACAUUUUGCUCAGAAUUUCACACAAAAAAAGCUGGAGUAGGUAAAAAAAUCACACAUCACACAAGUCUUACAUUCAGUCUCGGACAUUUCUUGAUAUUUGUCCUGUAAACUAUCCCAGAAAUUUUUUAUUUAACUAUUGUUAUUAUUUUAAUGUAGGGUUUUUUUUAUUGUUCUAUUUUUGCAAGUGCUCCCACUGUAUCCAGUUUGUUAAUUUUCAAUUUGUUAAAGUAAAAUUUAGAACCUGAUUUUUCAAUGUCCAUCAAGAUCCCAAAAAGGGGGGAAUUGGACUGUUCCUGUUAAUCUUUAAAAUUAAAACUUACUCCUUCAAUAUGAAUACUCAGUUUCCUGAGUGUCCUUUUAGUUUUACACUUCUCUUGAUAUAAUACUAAUAUUUAGUUGUUAGGUUGAAUCAUAAUAUGGAACAACAUAAAUCUGGUUAUAAUUUAAUCAUAUGUCAUAAUUUGCAACGGUCAUGAUGAUGUUAUAUAAUUAAUGGAAAUUAAGGACACCUGUGUCCCAGUAUGUCCCAGAAAGUCACAUUCUUUUGAUUUAGACUGCACUGUUUCUGUGAUGUUUUCAUGUGAGAAAUUAGUAUGUAACAAGCUCUGUUCGUGGCUGGAAGGUUUAUUGACAAGGUCGGCAUAAACUUGUGGUAUGUUGUGGAUAUGCCUUUAAUAUUAAACAAAUUGAUACUUUG